GGCCGCGGGCCGGGGACGGCCCGGGGCUGCAUGGCCUCGCCCGCGCGCCGCCGCUGAGCCCUGGGCCGGAGCCGGAGCCGGAGCCGGAGCCGAAUACCCUCAGCGCUGCUCUGGGACACGCCUCUGUUGGAUUUAAUUUACAGUCAUCAACCUCGGCUUUUAGCAAUGGACUCGCGCUGAAUAAUAGUCCAUCGUCUGGAUGUCCCACAGUUUAUUUAUCCAUUCACCUACUGAAGGGCAUCUUGGAUCACUUUUAAUUGUCUCUCUGGUCUUCUCUGAUGGGAAGUAGACAGUAAACAAAGCCAGCUGCUGACCUCUGACCUCUCUGUGAAUUGCCUGGAAGAGGGGGUGUUGCCGCCCGGACGCUUGUGCCAUGUUGUCCCCCAGUUCCGAGAGCCCUGGACUGUGCAGGACGUUGCUCCAGAACGAUGCAGCCUUCUGUUCAGGGAACACCUGAAACACUUCGCGUGGAAACCAUCCCCACAGCGGUGACACACUGCGGAGUUGGUGAUGGGCGACAGGGAGAAGGAUGGCCUCGGGCUGUGGUCUCCUGGGGUCCGAGGGUGCACACCCCAGUCCAGAGGCGGUGCAAGGCCCUCGCUGGGCUCCUUGGGAAGUCUGUGUGCCCGUCCAGCCAAUGUGCCUUUGCCCACACGACUUAAUUUUCCUUUCAGAGACAAGACCAGUAGUCCUUAACCUGGGCUUAGAACACGUAGAGGGUCAUGGGGUCUGUAGCUAUUUCAGAAUGCCGCCAAAUUCUCCAAACGCAGCCCACACACUGCACUUCUGAGAGUGAGCUCUGCCCCUGGACUCAGCAGUAGGACUGACGCUCAGGGCCCUGAGCCACGUUCUGAAGCAGAGCCCCGCCCGGAGGUUCUGGUAGCCAGCUUGGGGGCUGCUUGGACCUGGACCCGGUCCGUUCGCCCCUGUGGUGCAGCCUCACCGCUAGGCCUUCAUUUCCCCGUCUGUAAAUGACAUGAGUUUGGAUCCUUUUCAUCUUGACAUUCAGAGGAUAGUACUGGGUCAGGGUCUACAAGAGAUUGCUGUAAAAUCUGGAAUAGUGCAUCUUACUCUUGCCGAGCAAAAAGGACAAAGUCCCAGUCAUGCCCCAACCCGGGGCGCAUGGGUCCCUCGUGUCAGUGUCCACGUCCCGCAGCCAGCGGGCACUCUCUGCUGGCCUCCACAAGUCUCACGUGGAGCUGAAUGGACAGACAGGCCCACCAGGCGGGCCAGGCCGGCCACCCUGUUCCAGUCUCCUCUGUGCUCCUGACGUGGAACCAUGCGGCCCUGGGCGUCGGCUGCCACCAGGGAGACAGACAGAAAGCCAGUGCUUCUUUGAGAGAGACGCUCAGAUUUUGUAUAUGUUCAUCUUUUCUCUCUUCUCAUCUAGUUGAUGACCUUUUAAGAUGAUCUGGAUUGCAAUGACUCGAAAUAUAUCGAUCGGUACGCAUUUGCUGGUUUGGAGAACUUUUUAAAGUUAUGGAGUUCUGUAUACUCAACUUUUAUUAGUCUCCUAAAAAAUUGCUGUCUCUGAAUUGACUGUGAAGGGACCUUGAGACUGACGUUCUAAUAAUGCUGGGGCCGAUCUGCUUUAAUUGGAAAUGAGGACGCUGGGCCUUUGCCCCAGAACUCAGUAACCUCCUGGAUGUAACUCUGCAGGCUGUUUACUGUGAGACUCUGAUGUACGCCCGCAGACGGUUGACGAUGAAGCGAUGGCGGCGUGAAUGAAGUCCUGGUGAGGAGGAAACGAUGCCCAAAGGUGGGUGUUCUAGAACCCCACAGCAGGAAGAGCGUUCCCUGAGCAGCGACAUGGUGGAGAAGCAGCCCGGGAAAAAGGAUAAAGAUAAAGUUUCUCUAACCAAGACCCCAAAGCUGGAGCGCAGCGAUGGCGGGAAGGAGGUGAGAGAGCGAGCGACCAAGCGGAAGCUGCCAUUCACCGUGGGCGCCAAUGGAGAGCAGAAGGACUCGGACACAGAGAAGCAGGGUCCUGAGCGGAAGAGGGUUAAGAAGGAGCCUGUCACCCGCAAGGCCGGGCUGCUGUUCGGCAUGGGGCUGCCCGGGAUCCGCGCCGGCUACCCGCUCUCGGAGCGCCAGCAGGUGGCUCUCCUCAUGCAGAUGACGGCCGAGGAGUCCGCCAACAGCCCGGUGGACACGACACCAAAGCACCCCUCCCAGUCGACAGUGUGUCAGAAGGGGACGCCCAAUUCUGCCUCAAAAACCAAAGAUAAAGUGAACAAGAGAAAUGAGCGUGGAGAGACCCGCCUACACCGGGCGGCCAUUCGGGGGGACGCCCGGCGUAUCAAGGAGCUCAUCAGCGAGGGGGCGGACGUCAACGUCAAGGACUUCGCAGGCUGGACUGCGCUGCACGAGGCCUGUAACCGGGGCUACUACGAUGUCGCGAAGCAGCUGCUGGCCGCCGGCGCUGAGGUGAACACCAAGGGCCUGGAUGACGACACGCCCUUGCAUGAUGCCGCCAACAAUGGGCACUACAAGGUGGUGAAGCUGCUGCUCCGGUAUGGAGGGAACCCUCAGCAGAGCAACAGGAAAGGCGAGACGCCGCUGAAGGUGGCCAGCUCCCCGACCAUGGUGAACCUGCUGCUGGGCAAGGGCACCUACACGUCCAGCGAGGAGAGCUCGGCCGAGAGCUCCGAGGAGGAGGACGACGCCCCGUCAUUCGCACCUUCCAGCUCCGUCGACGGCAAUAACACGGACUCCGAGUUUGAGAAAGGCCUGAAGCACAAGGCUAAGAACGCGGAGCCCCAGAAAACCGUGACCCCCGUCAAGGACGAGUACGAGUUCGACGAGGACGACGAGCAGGACCGGGUCCCUCCCGUGGACGACAAGCACUUGCUGAAGAAGGAUUACAGGAAGGAAGCCAAGUCCAAUAGUUUCAUUUCUAUACCCAAAAUGGAAGUGAAAAGUUACACUAAAAACAGCACGAUUGCACCAAAGAAGGCGUCGCAUCGCAUCCUGUCGGACACGUCCGACGAGGAGGACGUCGGUGUCGCCGUGGGGACCGGGGAGAAGCUGAGGCUCUCGGCUCACACGCUGCUGCCUGGUAACAAGACACGGGAGCCUUCCAACUCCAAGCAGCAGAAGGAGAAAAAUAAAGUGAAAAAGAAGCGGAAGAAAGAAAUCAAGGGCAAAGAAGUGCGGUUUGGGAAGAGGAGCGACAAGUUCUGCUCCUCCGAGUCCGAGAGCGAGUCUUCGGAGAGCGGCGAGGACGGCGGGGACUCGGCGGGGAGCACCGGCUGCCUCAAGGAGUCCCCGCUGGUGCUGAAGGACCCUGCCCUGUUCAGCUCCCUGUCCGCCUCCUCCACCUCGUCCCACGGCAGCUCCGCCCCCCAGAAGCAUAACCCCAGCCACGCGGACCCGCACACCAAGCACUGGCGGACAGACAAUUGGAAAACCAUCUCCUCUCCAGCCUGGUCCGAGGUCAGCUCCUUAUCAGACUCCACGAGGACGAGACUGAGCAGCGAGUCUGAUGGCUCCUCCGAGGGCUCCAGCGUGGAGUCGCUGAAGCCGGUCAGGAAGAGGCAGGAGCACAGGAAGAGGGCCAGCCUGCAGGGCACGCUGCCUGAUAGGAAGAACUCCUUCCAUCCUGGCGGGGACGGCGCCAUCCCCAAGCUGGACAAGGAGGGCAAAGUCAUCAAGAAACACAAGACGAAACAUAAACACAAAAGCAAGGAGAAGGGGCUGUGCUCCGUCAGCCAGGAGCUGAAGCUGAAGAGCUUCACCUACGAGUACGAGGAUUCCAAGCAGAGGGCAGACAAGGCGAUCCUCCUGGAUGACGUGCCGGCUGAGAGCAAGCUGAAAGGCCUGAAGCACGAGCGAGACCACUGUAAGAAAGAGGAGAAACUCGGCAAAAUGAAGUCGGAGGAGAAGGAGUGGCUCUUUAAGGACGAGAUGAUCAAAGUCUCCAGAGAGGACAAGUCACUCAAGAGAAUCAGGGACCUGAACAAGGACGGGGGCAGGGCCUUCCGGGAGGAGAAGGACCGUUCCAGCAAAGCCGACAAGGAGAAACUGCUGAAGGAAAAGUCUCCGAAAGAGGAGAAGCUGAGGCUCUACAAAGAGGAAAGGAAGAAGAAGUCCAAAGACAGGCCCUCAAAAUUAGAGAAAAAGAAUGACUUUAAAGAGGAUAAAAUUUCUAAAGAGAAAACCUUCAGAGAGGAUAAAGACAAGCUCAGAAAAGCGCACAGGGAGGGCUCUGCCCUGGACGAGUGUUGUAACAGAGGCCAGUUCCUGGAGAGCGAGGACACUAAGUUCAGUCUUUCUGAUGAUCAGGAUCGGUGGUUCUCUGACUUGUCAGAUUCAUCCUUCGAUUUCAAAGGGGAGGACAGCUGGGACUCUCCCGUGACGGACUAUAGGGACCUGAAGAGCGAGUCUGUGGCCAGGCUGAUCCUGGAGACGGUGAAAGAGGAGAGUAAGGAGAAGAGGCGCGAGAACAAGGCCCGGGAGAAGCGCGCGGACAAGGACAUUUUCUCUCGGAAGAAGGACAGGGACUGCCUGGAGCGGGGCUCGGAGCGGAGGAGGGAGCACGCCGCCGACAGGCACAGGGCCGUGCCCGGCUACCUGUGCGAGAAGGACAGGAGGAGGCGGGAGUGCGCGGAAGGCGGCCGGGACAGGAAGGAGCCUCCCGAGGCCGCCAAGGAGCGGAGAGAUGGCCGUGCAAAGCCCGAGGAGGCGCACAGGGAGGACCUGAAGGAGUGCGGCUGCGAGGGCGUCUUCAAGGACAGGCCCGAGUGCGACUUCGGGAAGAGCCUGGAGCCCUGGGAGAGGCACCACCCGGCGAGAGAGAAGGAGAAGAAGGAGAGGCUCAAGCUAGAGAAGUACAGAGACAAGUCCAGUGACAAGGACAGAAACGAAAAACUGAUCCUUGAAAAGUGUCAGAAGGACAGAGAAUUUGAUAAGUGUUUUAAAGAGAAAAAGGACGCCAAGGAGAAGCAUAAAGACGUGCAUAGCAAAGACAGAGAGAGAAAGGCAUCUCUCGACCAAGGCAAAGACAAACGGGAGAAGAGUUUCCCCGGAAUUCUCUCCGAGGACUUCUCUGAAAAAAAAGAUGAAAAGAAGGGUAAAGAAAAAAGCUGGUACAUUGCAGAUAUAUUCACUGAUGAAAGCGAAGAUGAAAAGGAUGAUUACACGGCGAGCGGCUUCAAAGUCGGGGAGGCCGGCGAGGGACGGGGGGACGGCCCCCCCGAGAGGGAGGACGGGCGGGAGCCGCACCCCCCUGACAGGCACCGGAAGCACUCGGCCGACAGGCAGCACGCGGAGAAGCAGAAGGACCGAGAGAUGCGAGAGAAGAAGAAGGAGAAAGGCGCCGCGGACGGGGGGAAGGACAGGAAGGAGAAGCCCGCGGAGAGGCCCAGGGACAAGAAGGACAGGAGGGACCGCGCGCCGGCGGACCCCACCCCGGACAGGAGGGGCCGGCAGAGGCCGCCCGAGAAGGGCGAGAGGAGGGCCCCUGCGGAGGACAAGGCCAGGAGCAGGCACCGCGAGCGGAAGGCGAGCAAGGGCGCCGACGCGGACAAGAGCCUGCUGGAGCGGCUGGAGGAGGCGGCGCUGCAGGACGUGCGCGAGGACUCCAACGACAAGGCCAGCGACGCGUCGUCGGACGGCUUCCCUGACCGCGGCCACGACCCGGGCCUCGGCGCCCUCCUGGACGUGCCCUUCCCGGAGCCCCUGGAGGAGCGGGCGCGGGAGAGGGAGCGGCACCGGCACGCCUCGUCCUCCUCCAAGAAGAGCCACGACCGAGAGCGGGUCAGGAAGGACAAGCCCGAGAAGAAGGAGAAGAGCGACGACUGCAAGGACGCGGGCGGCCGGAAGGACAGCGGCCAGUACGAGAAGGAGGUCCUGGAGGCCGACGCUUACGGCCUCUCCUACAGCCUCAAGGCCGACGCAGAGGACGAGCUGGAGAAAACCAUCGAGUUGUUUUCUGCUGAAAAGAAGGAGAAAAAUGAUCCUGAAAGAGAACCUCCCAAGAAGGUAGAGAAGGAACUGAGGCCUUACGGCUCUAGCAGCGUGAGCCUCCUGAAGGAGAAGAGGCGGCGGGAGAAGCACCGGGAGCGGUGGCGGGACGAGAAGGAGCGGCACCGGGACCGGCACGGGGACGGGCCCCUGCGGCAGCACCGGGAGGAGCUCAAGUCCGCGGCCCGGGACAAGGACAACCCUCCCGGCUGCUUCCGAGACAGGCCCAAGGACGAGGGCGGGAAGCUUGGCGAGGCCAAGCUGAAGGAGAAGCUCAAGGAGAACCUGGACAAAGAGAAGGGCGACCCCGUGAAGCUCAGCAACGGGAAUGACAAGCUCCUCCCGGUCAGGGACCCAGGGAAGAAAGACGUCCGGCCCCGGGAGAAGCUCCUGGGCGACGGGGACCUGAUGAUGACGAGCUUCGAGCGGAUGCUCUCCCAGAAAGACCUGGAGAUCGAGGAGCGCCACAAACGGCACAAGGAGAGGAUGAAGCAGAUGGAGAAGCUGCGCCACCGCUCCGGUGACCCCAAGCUCAAGGAGAAGGCUAGGCCCGCCGAGGACGGGAGGAAGAAGGGCCCGGACGGCCCGCUGAAGAAGCCGCUGGGGCUGGACCCUGCCCUGAAGGACAGGAAGCUCAAGGAGUCAGCCCCUGCCGCCCCUGCUGCCGAGAACAAGCCCCACCCGGGACCCGCGGUGGACCCCCGAGACUGGCUGGCAGGCCCCCACAUGAAAGAGGUCUUGCCCGCUUCCCCCAGGCCGGACCACGGCCGGCCCACUGGGGUCCCCACCCCUGCCUCGGUGGUGUCCUGCCCCAGCUACGAGGAGGCCAUGCACACGCCCCGGACCCCGUCCUGCAGCGCCGAUGACUACCCCGACCUCAUGUUCGACUGCACAGACCCCCAGCCCGUGUCCAGCACGUCCGCCAGCGCCUGCUCGCCCUCCUUUUUCGACAGGUUCUCUGUGGCCGCCGGCGGGAUUUCAGAAACCCCGGGCCAGACGCCUACGAGGCCGCUGUGCACGAACCUUUACCGCUCGGUGUCCGUGGACAUCAGGAGGACCCCUGAGGAAGAGUUCGGACUCGGGGACAAGCUGUUCAGACAGCAGAGCGUCCCCGUGGCGCCCAGCUACAGCUCGCCGGGGCGGCACCCGGAGGACAAGGCCCCGGGGCCCCCAGCACCCACCGGGAAGUUCGCCUGCCUGUCUCCGGGGUAUUACUCCCCGGACUAUGGCAUCCCCUCCCCCAAAGCGGACGCCUUGCACUGCCCGCCUGCGGCCGCAGCCAACAUCACCCCGUCCCCAGAGGGCGCCUUCUCCGGCUUACCGACAAAGUCCCCCCCUUCACACAGAGACGAGCUCUUGGCCCCGUCCAUGGAGGGGGCCCUUCCCCCUGACCUUGGCAUUCCCCUGGAUGCCACGGAGGACCAGCAGGCCACCGCGGCCAUCAUCCCCCCGGAGCCCAGCUUCCUGGAGCCCCUGGACGAGGGCCCUUUCAGCACCGUCAUCACAGAGGAGCCGGUCGAGUGGGCGCACCCUGCCACUGUGGAGCAGGGCCUCCCCUCUGGCCUCCUCGGGGGCACCCCCGAAAACCCCGCCAGCUGGCCCGUGGGGUCGGACCUCCUGCUGAAGUCCCCACAGAGAUUCCCGGAGUCCCCGAAACAUUUCUGCCCUGCCGAGUCUCUCCACCCGGAGCCCCCUUACCCGGUGUCCCCCGUCUCAUACCCUCUGUCGGUCCCCGAGCCAGGACUGGAAGUCAAGGACGAGGCCGGGGAAGUGGUCCCGGCCGCGGUCUCUGCUUCAGAAGACCCAGCCGCGUUCGCCCCUCCCUCUAGGCUGGAGUCCUUCUUCAGUAACUGCAAGUCCCUUCCGGAGGCACCCCCCGACGCGCCCCCUGAGCCUGCGUGUGUGACGGCCGUGGCUCAGGUGGAGGCCCUGGGUCCCCUGGAGAAUAACUUCCUGGAAAGUGGUCACAACCUGUCUGCCCUCGGCCAGGUGGAGCCGGUGCCCUGGCCCGGUGCCUUCCCCGCCACCGAGGAUGACCUCGACCUGGGACCUUUCUCGCUGCCCGAGCUUCCUCUCCAGACGAAGGAUGUUUCCGAUGUCGAAGCAGAGCCUGUGGAGGAGAGUCCUCUCGUUCCUCUGGACAACGCCGCCGCGCUCCCGAGCGGCGGGGAUGUCCCUGUGGCAGCUGCUGACGAACAGCUGGUGCUCCCUCCUGACCAGGUGGCCACCCGGCUCACAACUGAGCCUGCGCCAGAGCCCCCAGAGGAGCCGAAGCCGGUCGCGCUGCCCGAGGCCACAGCGGAGGCCGGGCCAGAGGGGAGGGCCCCCGAGGACUCCGACCCUGGCUCUGGGCCCACGCCAGCCCCCUCAGAGCAGCAUCCACCAGGGAGUGGGGACGAGCAGGCCGAGGGCCCAGACCCCUCGGCCACGCCCCACAGUGCUCCCGAAGCCCCCGGGGACGGCUCGGCCCAGGCCCGCGCGGUGGAUGGGGCCGGCCCCCAGGACAGUGCUGGGCUCGAGGGGCCUCCGGACGGCGUCCAGCCUGAAGCCCCCGAACCGGAACCCAAACCGACAGCCGAAGCCCCAAAGGCACCCAAGGUGGAGGAGAUGCCCCAGCGCAUGACCAGGACCCGGGCCCAGAUGCUGGCCAACCAGCACAAGCAGAGCUCGCCGCCCACCGAGAAGGAGCCUGCGGCCGCGCCCACCCCCAGAGCCAAGGGCCGGGGCUCUGAGGAUGACGACCCCCAGGCCCAGCACCCGCGCAAACGCCGCUUCCAGCGCUCCAGCCAGCAGCUGGCCCAGCAGAUGCACACGUCCACACGUCAGACGCGGGAGGUGAUCCAGCAGACGCUGGCUGCCAUCGUGGACGCCAUCAAGCUGGACGACAUCGAGCCUUACCAUAGCGACAGGUCCAACCCGUACUUCGAGUACCUGCAGAUCAGGAAGAAGAUUGAGGAGAAGCGCAAGAUCCUCUGCUACAUCAGCCCGCAGGCGCCCCAGUGCUACGCCGAGUACGUCACUUACACCGGCUCCUACCUCUUGGACGGCAAGCCGCUCAGCAAGCUGCACAUCCCCGUGAUCGCGCCCCCUCCCUCCCUGGCGGAGCCCCUGAAGGAGCUAUUCAAGCAGCAGGAGGCCGUGCGCGGGAAGCUGCGCCUGCAGCACAGCAUCGAGCGGGAAAAGCUGAUCGUCUCCUGCGAACAGGAGAUCCUGCGGGUUCACUGCCGGGCAGCGAGGACCAUCGCGAACCAGGCGGUGCCGUUCAGCGCCUGCACCAUGCUGCUGGACUCGGAGGUGUACAACAUGCCGCUCGAGAGCCAGGGCGAUGAGAACAAGUCGGUGCGGGACCGGUUCAACGCCCGCCAGUUCAUCUCCUGGCUGCAGGACGUGGACGACAAGUACGACCGCAUGAAGACGUGUCUCCUGAUGCGGCAGCAACACGAGGCCGCGGCCCUGAACGCCGUGCAGAGGAUGGAGUGGCAGCUGAAGGCGCAGGAGCUGGACCCCGCCGCGCACAAGUCCCUGUGUGUGAACGAGGUGCCCUCCUUCUACGUGCCCAUGGUCGACGUCAACGACGACUUCGUGCUCCUCCCGGCCUGACGCGCUGGCACAGCUGCCCGGCUCACAGGCGAGCCCCCCGGUCCGCCACCGAGUCCGGGCGGUGGAAGGAGACCACGUCCCCGGUGGGGACACCCAGGGAGAAGCCCGCGCUGGGCCCCUGGCACGCGGCGCUCUCACACCCACCGCCACAGGAGGACGCGGAGCCGGAUACGCGGGCACGGACACGGCAGCCUCAGGCUCGUCCGGCGGCUGCACUGGCGUCUCGGGGGCUGCAGGACGGAGCGUUUUCUUUAAGUCCUUGUUCCAUUUCCGAUCGACUAAAGAGAAUAAGGUUAAGGCGUCCACCCCUCAGCAACAGCGGCCUCCGGGUCGGAGGGUGGGGAGAGCUUCGGGCCGGCUGCCGUCCUGUCGCCACGAGGCCGCCGACGGUGCCGGCCCGAGACCUGGGCUGGGACGCCGGGCCGGGUGAGGGCCUGGCUGUGCCGCCCGCCCGCCUCACAGGGACACACAGGCAGGACUCCGGGUCGUGUUUUUAAUGGAGUCAAAUCCACGUGGUUUGUAUAUUUUUUCCUUUAAUCUUGGGCAUUUUGUUUCUCUUUCUGAGAACAUAACUUGAAACACUACAGAGCCAAUAAUCAUAUAAAAAGUGUACCCGUAAACGCUGUACAGUUUUAUACACGUUCACAAUGUACUUUUGCUGCCUUCUAGAUAAUUUAUUUUGCAACACAUUACUGCACAGUUGUAAAUAACUUAUGUACUGAAACAUCACCUCAGUUAUGUGUAAAGAAAUAAAUAAAUUAAUUAAA